AGUUGCUGGUUUUGGAUUUAUUAUUAUUAUACAUAUAAUUAAAUACAAAUAUCUAAAUAAUACAGUGAAUGAAUAUUGAAGCAAAAUAAUUGCAAUAUUCUGUUAUAUAAAAGUAAAGUGCAUUAUGUUAAAUAAUAGACAAAGUAUAGGUAAUAGUGUAUCCUGAAAAGCAAUAGGAAGUAGAAAUUUACGAUUCUACGUUACCAUACAGUGAAGUUAUCAAGAAACACACUUGUCCUUGUUUUACAAGACAGAUUCGUGGAUGGGUAGUUACGUGAUAAGAAAAUAAGCUUCAUCACUGCCAAUAAGAAGCUGUAUUACAAAAAGUUUUCCAAAAUGCGUGCCAAUAAAUUUGAUUUAUAUCUUAAAGUAUACUGGUUUCUAGUUCUAUUAAGGAUUAUUCUAGUCUUUAUCCCACAAACAGGAUUCAUACAUCCCGAUGAAUUUUUUCAGUCAGUGGAAGUGUUAGCAGAUGGUGUCAGUUUUUACGAGUUAGUAUGUGUUCCCCGGAAUAGUAAUCUGAAAGUUCUUAGAUGUAGAAUACAACCCACCAUGGGAAUUCAACUCGACAAUGGCCAUUAGAAGCAUGACCAUACCAUAUUUCACUAUCG